AUGUCUAAUCUCACGCUAUCAGAAGCAAAAAAUAAAAGAGCUCACAUAAGAGCAUCGGCGACACGGCUAAAAACUUUCAUAGAAGGUUAUGAUCCUAAUCAAGGAUUACGACACGACAUUACCGAACGUAAGGUUAAGCUAUCAGAUUUGUGGGAUCAAUUUGAAGCCGUUCAAUCGCACAUAGAAACAAUUGAAAAGGAGGAUCCCGCGAAUACAGACAAAGAUGCCCUACUGGCACGACAAAUCCAACAAAGGGAUAGCUUUGAAAAUCCUUAUUUUCAUUUGGUAUCGCGUUACGACACUGUAUUAGAACAUUUCGAUCGGCGUGAGGCUACAGCUUCAAUAUCUAACGAGCUUAAUAAUGUAGGGAACAUCGCAAGACAAUCUCGCGUCAAAUUACCUAAAAUAGAACUUCCAGUUUUUUCAGGCUCUUACGAAGACUGGUACUCGUAUCAAGACACAUUUGAAAAGCUUAUUCACACAAAUGACAUUCUCGAUGAUAUAGAAAAGUUCCACUAUUUACGCUCAUCUUUAAGGAGCACCGCAGCGGAAGUGAUAAGCUCUAUAGAAAUUACAACAGACAAUUAUCAAGAGGCGUGGGCGACAAUAAAGGAUCGUUUCGACAACAAAAGAUGGAUCAUAAAUAAACACAUCAAGGGGAUGUUCGAAGCACCAUCGCUUAUCAAGGAAAAUCACGUCGCAUUGCGCGAAUUAUUGGAUACCAUUCUGAAGCAUCUGAGGUCUCUUAAGGCUCUGAAAAGGCCCACGGACACAUGGGACGACUUGAUUAUCACGUAA